AUGAUCCUCAAGCCUCUCACAAAAAGAAAAAACAAAGAAAAGAGGGCAUCCAGGGGCGCCGCCUGAGAGCACAGAAACUCUUUCUUGUUUCUUUACCUUCUUCUUCCAUAUCACUUAUCACUUCCCCACCACAGCAAACCCUAAACCCUAAGCUAAAGAUGAAUAGGGAAAGACUUAUGAAGAUGGCUGGUGCAGUUCGCACCGGUGGGAAGGGCAGCGUGAGAAGAAAGAAGAAGGCUGUCCACAAGACUACUACAACAGAUGAUAAAAGGCUUCAGAGCACUUUAAAGAGAAUAGGAGUGAAUACAAUUCCUGCAAUUGAGGAAGUCAACAUAUUCAAGGAUGACAUAGUGAUCCAGUUUGUGAAUCCCAAAGUUCAAGCAUCCAUUGCAGCCAAUACAUGGGUUGUUAGUGGCACUCCACAGACUAAGAAAUUGCAGGAUAUUCUCCCUCAAGUGCUUGGACAUUUAGGUCCUGAUAAUUUGGACAACCUUAAGAAGUUGGCGGAGCAAAUCCAGAAGCAGACACCCAGUGCCGGCGCUGCUGCAACCACAGAGCAAGUUGAGGAUGACGAUGAUGAGGUUCCAGAUCUUGUGCCUGGAGAGACAUUUGAAGCUGCUGCGGAGGAGGGUAAAACUGCUUCUUAGGGAGACAGGGAAGGGAUUUUGUGUUAUUAUAUACACUUCCUAUGUUUUUGAAGUUCUUGUUUUUCUUACUACACCUUCAUCCUUGUGCCUUUCUUGAUCUUAUGUUUUAGUGACACUAGAUUCUUGUUUGAUUUCCUGAUCCAAUGUAUGCACUACAGAAAUUUCUGAUUGUUUGUCGGUUUAUUAUUUUACUAUACUGGUGCUUUCCUUCCA